CGCAUCCAAAUACAAUGAAUAGAUACAUAGAAACUAAAAUAGUUCUUUCUUCAAGGUGCAGAGAAUAAGGCGGAAGGGAACUUAUUCUCGUUCUGGCUACAUUUAUUUUAUUCUUUUAAUUCACGGGAUAUUCUGAAAGAUAAAAGGUGUAUUUUGUGUGAAAUCUCAGUGGGACUUAAAACCCGUAUUUCAUUUGAAUAUUUUCUGCACUUAGGUAAUGAACAGGGUGAAAAUGUAUAAACGGAAUAUUGCAUUUUGCGUUGUGUUUUGCAUUUUACCACACUUAACGUCGCAGUGUGGGCUCAAACAGGAUAUAGCCCACGCAAACAUACCUCAUUCCAACACUGUGUUGUCUAUUGAUGACUUUGAGAAAUAUGUCGUAAAUAAUGAGAUGCCGAGAAUGUAUGUGGCGCGUACAGAGCCGCUAUCUGCCACACCAAAUAUCAGCUACUUCAGUUCUGUCACCAGGGUUUCCGGAACCACCAGCUACAGGCUUAACACAAUAGCAGAAACCCGUGUUGUGAACCCGCAGUGCGCCAGGACAGAAACUCUACUCAGACCGGCAUCAGUAUCACCUGAAGCUGUCUUCAUCUGUCAAGACAAUUCUACCGUCAUUACCUUCUGGUCGAGUUGUCCGACACGAUAUAUAUGGAGUAUGCAAUGUUCGAAACAUUACUUCACUAGAAAGAAGUGUCUUCUACAAGAUGUUACACUCGAACUGUACGUUCACGGUACGCUGGAUGACGUUCCGGUGACGGAUAUUUCCCAGGAUUUGUGCCACGCUACAGGAGUAAAGUUCGGAGCUAAAAACUUCAAGUGGUUCUUCACUUACGGCGAGAAUAAUAAAUGUCGAAAGAGUUGAUAGAAGUUGCAGAUUACUACACGACCGGAGAAAUAGUUCAGCUGGAAAUAUCCAAACAUUCUCUUUUACAGCUACAAAUGAAAUUACCUGUUGUAAAUAAUUUUCGUUUAAACAUGAACACAUAAGCACUCUUAGAUUUAAAUCUCCUAUCGUUCGGAUGUUUAGUCACCCAUGGAAUUUAAACAUACGCCAUGCAUGUAUUGCAAAGGAUUUAUUACAGGAAAAUUUUACCUCAGAUUUAUUAUAAUUCAUAAACGAGAUAAGAUAUAAAUCUAAAAGUCUGCAUGAAAAUGUACAUAAUCAUGAUAAUGCAUAGCAGUAGUGUUAUUGUGCGAACAUUUAUCGUUAAUUUUACAGCGAAACGUUUCGCUCUCUUCAUCCGUACAGCAUACCACUGUACGUCCCCAAACUCUGCACACUACUCCGAUUAAUAUCAAAACGAUUUUUGUGAGUGUGUUCGUGCGUGCGUUCGUGUGAGCCUGUGUGUUUGUCCAUUUUAACGUUUUGAUUAUAUAUUAAGAAAAUAUAAAGAAACAAAACCGUGGCUUACAAAUAAAAUACCAGACUCACGUUCUAUUAUAUGCUUCAUUCACAAAUAAAACGGGCGCCACCCGAUCUUUUCUAACGGCGCCGAUUCACAGAUUUGGAGAGUACAACAGGCACCGGGCGAUUUUGAAGCUUUUUUUGUUCACGCAGUCGCAAAACAGGCGGGCACUGGAAUGGGGCCAAAGCUUGCCGUCAAGCCGCCGCAAAGAAAGAAUUCUCUCCGCGUGGCAAAAUUAAACGGAACCAGGCUCUCUGACAUGGCGGCCCUAAAACUCAGUCAAGCGGUACCAUAAGAUAAAUUUUAAGAGGAGAAUUUGUUUGUUCCAUUAACCAAAAAGUUAUUUAAAUUGAAAUGUUAGAAGUGUUUAAUGGUUGUCUAAUGUAUGUUGUGUUGGUUUUAUUUUAUCUUUUAUUACAUGACUCCUAACACAAAUCGCCAGUCCACAGUAUGUAAGUAAGUAAGUAAGGCAAGCAAAGCAAAGCAAGCAAGCAAGCAUGGAAGUAAGUAAGCAAGUAUAAGUAAAUAGUAAGCAAAUAAGUAUGCAAAUAAGUAUGCAAGUAAGUAAGUAAGUAAACUGUAUAUUAACGUGACUUGUGCUUUGUAAUUUACGUAAUACAAUAUUGUAUACAGUAAAGCACUCGGCCUCUUAGGCCUAUAAGUCACCCAUGUUGAUAUAUGAUUUCAUUAUACGUGGAUUUAGAUUAUAGAGUAUUAUGUUUAGAUGCAUCACACUAUUAAUCAUAAUCAUAUAAACAUUAUAUCUACAGGAUAUCAAAAUAUAAAGUUAUGAGUUUGUAUAAAUUGUGUUUCUUCGUUUUACAAAUUUUAAUAAUUAAACACUUCGGUACAGUUCGAUUCUAAGGUUAGCAAUGUUAUUUUUCUUUUGUAACACGAAUGAUAAUUAUAUUAUAUUAUGUUUCAUCUGAUAGUUUCCCUUGGCUAUACAAACAGUGUAUUGGAUAACUUUAAGCUGAAAGUAGGUUUUGGGUUUAUCAAGUGGUAUGAUUAUACUUAAUUAUUAAAUACACUCCGUCAGUGUGUAUAUCCAAUUAGGAAAAAAUAAAUAUACACAAUAAUUGUUUUUAUUUAAUCAUGGAAUACAACAGAAACAUUCAUCAAUAUUUGGAACUCGUCUUAAUUAUAUAAAAAUAGUCCGGCUUAUGACCUGCCUGCGGACAGUAUGGUUAAAUUAAGUCCCCCGCGAUUACACUUGUCGGCACCUUUUAGCACCCGGAUAGAUCGCUGGCGUAGCUCCGUAAGCACUGUAGACCCCGGACUUAACGUAGUUUGUAUUAUAUUUAUUUAUUGUUUAUAUUAAUACUUUCCAGAUUUUAUAAAUAACCGAAAGAUAUCGCUGGACAUUAUACUUUGUUAUCAACACUUUUGUAUAGUUUUAAAUUCUACAUCCUUGAAAACGCUCCUAAAUGCAUUAUAGAUAAAAUCCCGCGGGAGCAGCUCCCGUUGCUCAGCAGACUGCAUGGACCUGCCCAUUUAUUCUUGUACAAGCUACGUCCCUGUACGUGUUCAAAUAAAACGCACAGACCUUUUGGAAGUUGGAAGCUUUUAAGUACAAACAAUAAUAUAAGUUUGCUAUUUAAGGGGAAAAAACCUAGACACUUUAUUAGCAUAUUUCGGAAGCGUAAGAAAAUCAUUGUUUCUUUAUGAUGGAAACAAUGAUGCGGAUUUUGGUGUGGUAUGUGGCUUUAAGUCUGGCUGUUGAAGCGGGUAAGUACCUACAAUGAUAUUCUAGAAUCAAGAUUCAGAUUUUAUAUACAAAGUAAAGUUUGGGUUUUUCUUUUACACAUUUUGUGUAAUGUCGUAUAAAUUGAUACAGAGCACAAUCUUUUAUAAUAGUACAAGCAGUUGACAUGUUAUGCAAAAUACUUUAUAUUAGCAAAUCACUAACGUACUACAAGUAAAUGCAUAUAUAAAAUACAUAUAUAAUGUGAUUGUUUCUUUCAAUUAUUUUUUUUGCCAUAAAUUAUGACUGUCAAAAUGGGGUUUUAACAUAUGUCACUACGUCCUUCAUUAAAAGAAUACACAAACACGAAGAUAUGGGCAGUUUCUUUUUUAAAUAUUGCUUUGUAUAGAAUGGUUAGUCUUUUACCAUUUUACGAAGAAUAUAAAAGAAAAUGAUUACUGUUUCGCAUUAAGUCGCGGAAUAAGUUUAAGGUUUUAAAGCCUAAAGAAAGCUGUCGAGUUGUAGACACACUUCUUAAACUGUGACAUUUUCUCCAAAGCGACUGCGGAACAUGUGUGGCUAAGAGAUUUAAACUCAGACCUUGAUAAACGCAAUCUCGAGUCAGCAGGCUUGCCAUCCACUCUGAGAUUCCAACUUUCACGAGGAAACAAUGGCCCAGGACUUGAACUCAACUUGGAAGAAAAUCUCCGACUCAAUGCUAACGCACCGGUAUUUGACGUUGAGCUGAGAUCUGACGGUAAACAACGGUUGGUGAGGAAAGAAUCGACCCCUAUCAAAACGACAAAGUUUUACCAAGACAAGAGGAACUCUGGCGUCUUCCAGGUCACGUGCGAGAUUCGGCCUGGCGGUGCUUGUCAAAGAAAGCUGCAUGGUAAUUUCAACAUAAUGGGUGACAGUUACGACUUGAAGCCUAUACCAGAUGCACCCAGUCCCCCUUCCUUUCAAGGAAAACGUAACCGGAUGUCAGAGGAUGUUCUGCACGAACUGGUGCCAAGCGAUUUGGGAAAAAUGAGAGACUGGUUUCAUUCUCGUGGCGCUGAUACUGCAGAUUUCUCGGAUUUUCCAGGCAAUCGUCCUCAACAACGGAAGGGAUUCCUAGAAAAACUGAAAUCUUUUCUGAGCAAGAGACAGCAAUAUGUGAUUGCCAAGAAAUUGAGAAGGUCUAGACGCCAGAAGAGGGCAGACGAAAUGUACGCCAUGGAAGUUGUUGUUGUAGUCGACCCGUCAUUGUGGGAAAAAUAUUACAGCGGCACGUCAGCGACUGAUGGCCUGAGUAAAGAGGAAGCCACAGAACUGACGCUGAGACAGCAUUUUGCUCACGUUGUAAACGGGAUCAGUCUCCGCUUUGAAUCGAUAGAGGAUGCCGACAUGGACAUAUACGUAACUUUGUCAGGAUUUAUUUUUUACAAGACUGUGGACAGUACAAAUCCACUUCCGCCGGAGAUAGAAAUUCCAAGCGUUAACGGUGUAAAUUACGCUGACGUUGAUAUCUACCUGAACAAAACGGUGACGUGGGCAGAAGAUGUUGAAAACCUUCCACAUAAUGAUCACAUCGCAGUGUUUACUGGGUACGACUUGUAUUCAGUUGAUACCUCAAACGAUGGUGUUUCUGGGAUGGCCUGGGUAGGAGGAUUAUGCAGUGAUUUUAGAACUUCUGUUAACGAAGAUGGUUCCUAUUUUGUCACCGUUUCAGUCGCCGCGCACGAGAUUGGGCACAAUAUGAAUGCCACCCAUGACGGGACUGGCUGGGCAGACGACUGCGAUGACGAUGAUAAGUACAUCAUGGCUCCCAUGGUAACAGAUUUCUCACCAGAUGAUGACUACACCGUCAACCCGUGGCGGUUCUCUCAAUGUUCCAUAGACGCUUUCAAAGAUUAUGUCAACAAAAUGGGCGAUGGGAACUGUCUAUUAGACCAAGGAGACUACUAUAAUACCACCGAGUACAACAGUCACGUGUCACUGAUGCCUGGAGAGUUGUAUACUCCGGAUGAACAGUGUAAACUCGUGAGAGGGGAAACUGCCACGCUGCGUUCGGAUGCAGAAUCUGAGGAUAUAUGUACAUUAAUGGAAUGUAUAGAUGGCGACGGUUAUUACUCGUACUAUGCCGCUGCACGUGGCACUCCAUGCGGAACUACCUCGGAUAACAAGUGGUGUAUUGAUGGGCAAUGUGUAACCAAAUCGGACAGUCACACAGGAGGAAACACUGACGAUGGUUCCAUCGACACUGGAGGAGACCAGGACGAGACAGAAACAGAAAAUACAGAUGAAAACACCGAUGGAUCUGAAGUCGAUGAGACAGUAACAGAAAAUACUGAUGAAAACGGCGAUGGAACUGAGGGUUGUGUAGAUGUUGGCUAUGAGGGCUAUAGUUGUCAAUGGGUUGCCGACUAUUUCCUGGAGAGUGAAUACAAAGCAACGCCAUCAGAGUGGUGCACAGAUCCAACAUGGGGAGAGGACAAUUGUUGCGCGUUCUGUUCAGAUUAUGGUUCCAGCAACACCGGAGGAACCCAGGAAUCAGAAAAUACUGCUGGAAGUGAUACUUGCGUAGAUGUUGGCUAUGCGGGCUAUAGUUGCCAAUGGAUUGCCGACUAUUUCUUGGCGAGUGAAUACAAAGCAACGCCAUCAGAGUGGUGCCGAGAUCCGACAUGGGGAGAGGAUAACUGUUGCGCGUUCUGUGCAGUUUAUGGGAAAUAGAGCACUUCCAGAUUUAUCAGCGUCCAGAUGUCAGCGUCAAUUUUCGACAAAAAAUUCAAAGUACAGUCUUCUUUGCGUUUCUGCCUUCCACGUAUUUUAUAUUUUUUUCUAUCUAAAAACUUUAAAUGACUUCGUUUUUUUUUCUUAAAAAAAAUAAAUCUACGUGACUUUUGAAGGAAAUCAAAAAUUGUUGAUGGAUUAAAGUAGUUCCUAUCAGGAAAUGUAUUUGAAUGUUAUUACCUUACACGUUCUACGGCUUACCGUGAUGUUUUAGUAUAACUUUAGAGUUGCCGCGGUCAGUAUAAAACUUCUAUGAUAUAUAUCUAUGAUAUAUAUUGUUGGAUUGAGAAAUGCAUUUUGUCUUAUUGCAUGAAAAUGCUUGCUCAGUUCAUCACUUCUUGUGAUCAGACUCAAACCGAUAAUGCUACAAGAAUGUAUAAUGUUUCUUUGUUACAUUCUGUUUCAACAGAUUUUUCUAUAAACUUUAUUUUCCUGUCAGUGUUGUGUAGACUAUAUAUAGAAUAAAACA